AUGCCGACCGAUGGGAGGUCGGCAGUUACUCGUCUUAUAGACUGGGGGGGGGGGGGGGGGGGGGGGGGGGGGGGGGGGGGGGGGGGGGGGGGGGGGGGGGGGGGGGGGGGGGGGGGGGGGGGGGGGGGGGGGGGGGUGGGGGGGGGGGGGGGGGGGGGGGGGGGGGGGGGGGGGGGGGGGGGGGGGGGGGGGGGGGGGGGGGGGGGGGGGGGGGGGGGGGGGGGGGGGGGGGGGGGGGGGGGUGGGGGGGGGGGGGGGGGGGGGGGGGGGGGGGGGGGGGGGGGGGGGGGGGGGGGGGGGGGUGGGGGGGGGGGGGGGGGGGGGGGGGGGGGGGGGGGGGGGGGGGGGGGGGGGGGGGGUGGGGGGGGGGGGGGGGGGGGGGGGUGGGGGGGGGGGGGGGGGGGGGGGGGGGGGGGGGGGGGGGGGGGGGGGGGGGGGGGGGGGGGGGGGGGGGGGGGGGGGGGGGGGGGGGGGGGGGGGGGGGGGGGGGGGGGGGGGGGGGGGGGGGGGGGGGGGGGGGGGGGGGGGGGGGGGGGGGGGGGGGGGGGGGGGGGGGGGGGGGGGGGGGGGGGGGGGGGGGGGGGGGGGGGGGGGGGGGGGGGGGGGGGGGGGGGGGGGGGGGGGGGGGGGGGGGGGGGGGGGGGGGGGGGGGGGGGGGGGGGGGGGGGGGGGGGGGGGGGGGGGGGGGGGGGGGGGGGGGGGGGGGGGGGGGGGGGGGGGGGGGGGGGGGGGGGGGGGGGGGGGGGGGGGGGGGGGGGGUGGGGGGGGGGGGGGGGGGGGGGGGGGGGGGGGGGGGGGGGGGGGGGGGGGGGGGGGGGGGGGGGGGGGGGGGGGGGGGGGGGGGGGGGGGGGGGGGGGGGGGGGGGGGGGGGGGGGGGGGGGGGGGGGGGGGGGGGGGGGGGGGGGGGGGGGGGGGGGGGGGGGGGGGGGGGGGGGGGGGGGGGGGGGGGGGGGGGGGGGGGGGGGGGGGGGGGGGGGGGGGGGGGGGGGGGGGGGGGGGGGGGGGGGGGGGGGGGGGGGGGGGGGGGGGGGGGGGGGGGGGGGGGGGGGGGGGGGGGGGGGGGGGGGGGGGGGGGGGGGGGGGGGGGGGGGGGGGGGGGGGGGGGGGGGGGGGGGGGGGGGGGGGGGGGGGGGGGGGGGGGGGGGGGGGGGGGGGGGGGGGGGGGGGGGGGGGGGGGGGGGGGGGGGGGGGGGGGGGGGGGGGGGGGGGGGGGGGGGGGGGGGGGGGGGGGGGGGGGGGGGGGGGGGGGGGGGGUGGGGGGGGGGGGGGGGGGGGGGGGGGGGGGGGGGGGGGGGGGGGGGGGGGGGGGGGGGGGGGGGGGGGGGGGGGGGGGGGGGGGGGGGGGGGGGGGGGGGGGGGGGGGGGGGGGGGGGGGGGGGGGGGGGGGGGGGGGGGGGGGGGGGGGGGGGGGGGGGGGGGGGGGGGGUGGGGGGGGGGGGGGGGGGGGGGGGGGGGGGGGGGGGGGGGGGGGGGGGGGGGGGGGGGGGGGGGGGGGGGGGGGGGGGGGGGGGGGGGGGGGGGGGGGGGGGGGGGGGGGGGGGGGGGGGGGGGCGGGGGGGGGGGGGGGGGGGGGGGGGGGGGGGGGGGGGGGGGGGGGGGGGGGGGGGGGGGGGGGGGGGGGGGGGGGGGGGGGGGGGGGGGGGGGGGGGGGGGGGGGGGGGGGGGGGGGGGGGGGGGGGGGGGGGGGGGGGGGGGGGGGGGGGGGGGGGGGGGGGGGGGGGGGGGGGGGGGGGGGGGGGGGGGGGGGGGGGGGGGGGGGGGGGGGGUGGGGGGGGGGGGGGGGGGGGGGGGGGGGGGGGGGGGGGGGGGGGGGGGGGGGGGGGGGGGGGGGGGGGGGGGGGGGGGGGGGGGGGGGGGGGGGGGGGGGGGGGGGGGGGGGGGGGGGGGGGGGGGGGGGGGGGGGGGGGGGGGGGGGGGGGGGGGGGGGGGGGGGGGGGGGGGGGGGGGGGGGGGGGGGGGGGGGGGGGGGGGGGGGGGGGGGGGGGGGGGGGGGGGGGGGGGGGGGGGGGGGGGGGGUGGGGGGGGGGGGGGGGGGGGGGGGGGGGGGGGGGGGGGGGGGGGGGGGGGGGGGGGGGGGGGGGGGGGGGGGGGGGGGGGGGGGGGGGCGGGGGGGGGGGGGGGGGGGGGGGGGGGGGGGGGGGGGGGGGGGGGGGGGGGGGGGGGGGGGGGGGGGGGGGGGGGGGGGGGGGGGGGGGGGGGGGGGGGGGGGGGGGGGGGGGGGGGGGGGGGGGGGGGGGGGGGGGGGGGGGGGGGGGGGGGGGGGGGGGGGGGGGGGGGGGGGGGGGGGGGGGGGGGGGGGGGGGGGGGGGGGGGGGGGGGGGGGGGGGGGGGGGGGGGGGGGGGGGGGGGGGGGGGGGGGGGGGGGGGGGGGGGGGGGGGGGGGGGGGGGGGGGGGGGGGGGGGGGGGGGGGGGGGGGGGGGGGGGGGGGGGGGGGGGGGGGGGGGGGGGGGGGGGGGGGGGGGGGGGGGGGGGGGGGGGGGGGGGGGGGGGAUGA